AUGGACUUCACCCAGACCUUUCAAGGCAUCUGGAGCUGCAUCCACGGGGUGCAGAUCGAGGAGAAGAGCAACAGCUCGGCGUUGAACUCCCCAUCCGCCACCAUGAACAACACCCACUCCAACAUCAUGCGCCUCCUACGAACCGCCAAGAACAUGGCGUCCCUGUCCGGAGUGAACGGAUCGCCCCACAGCGCGCUGGACUUCAUCCGCCGCGAAUCUUCCGUCUACGACAUCUCCGAACACCGCCGCAGCUUGGCGGGACACUCAGACUGCAAGCCGUCGUACCCACCGGAAGACAACAUGUUCAGCGACUACAUCAGCGAGGUGGAGAGGACGUUUGGUAACCUCCACCUGAAGGACAGCAAUCUGUACCAGGAUCACUACCUGCACCACCACGGCUCGACGCUAGGGCUCAGCGGACCGCCGCCGCCCAGGCCUCAUAGCUUGGGUAGCGCAAGUUCUCUGGAAGGGGGGAUGUUUGAUUGUGAGAGCAUUGGAGGAGGGGUGGCGCCUAUUUUCACCACCCAGCCCUGCUCGGCAUUGACCCACAGGAACAUGAGCAAGUUUGAUUUGCUGUCCGGACAAACUCCUCCCUCAGGGCAGAGCUUUAAGGGAGGCUUGCCGGACCUUUACGGGAAGUUUUCCUUUAAGGGAGGCGCCUCAAGCGCCACGUUUAUCCCCGGGCACGGAUACUGCGGAGGUAGAGGAGACGACGAUGGGAAUAUGGAUCGACGGUCGGACGUCUCGGAUAUAUCCACGCACACGGUGACUUACGGAAACCUGGAAGGUAACGCCAAGAAACGCAAACAGUACCGCGAUAGCCUGAAAAAAAGGCCGGCCUCUGCCAAGUCCAGACGGGAGCUGGACGAGAUCGAGCUGGGCUACCGGAGGAAACCCUACCACAUCAGCCACCAUCACUACCACGGCCACCGCUCCGCCUCCCCGCCGCUGCUGCCCCCAGAGCGGAAGAGAGGCUUAAGUGGGAACAGCGACGGGAACUACAUGUUCAGAGAGAAGGAAAGCGUUAGGGAUUUCUAUUUGGACCAGUUUCGGCCCAAAGAGGGCGUUCCUCAGUGGGAACACGUGGACCUGACGGAAGGCCCUGGGAGUAGAGAUGGAGGCAACUGCACCACCCUGGUUCCAGUGGAUGACUUUCUUAAGCAAAGCAAACCCAAAAAGUCAGAUUUAAAGAGUGGUGUGGGAGGAUCUGGGCUGGCAGGGGGAGAGUGGGAGUGCAGGAACUGUCGGGCUAGCGGGGGAGGCAAGCAGAUGUCGAUGCACGGCGGUGUGUACGGUGGUGGUAUGAGCUGUGGGACGUCGGGAGGCGGAGGUAACAGCCGCCCAAGCUCUGCGACCUGCAUGCGCUGCGAGGGUUGUAAAAAGACAGGAAACCUCUACGAUAUCAGCGAGGACAACAACCACCUCUUGGAACAGAUGGGGGGAGGGAAUGGCGUUGGUGGGGGAGGUGGAGUCAUGGGCCCGGGCCCUCAAUCUCAGGGCCAGCAGAGGAGGAAGAGCGGAGGACUCGGGAAACCACUGAGGCGGCAGCACUCGUACGACGCUUUUGUUGACCUUCAGAAAGAGGAGUCGGGCGGGAUGGGCAGUUUAAUGGGUCUGGGAGGUGUUGGGGGGGGAAUGGGGAGCCAAGUUAUGGGAGGGAUGCUGCCCCCACCCAGGAGCGUUAGCUUGAAGGAGAAAGAGCGCUACAUGGAGGGCACCAGCCCCUUCGCACACAUAUUCGAGCGCCACGGGGGCUCGGAGCGAGAACGGGAACGAGACAGGGACCCGUUGUUUUACGAGGCUCGCAAACGACCCGGGUCACCGUUCGGUUUGUUCAGAGGCGACGGCCUUCACCGCCGCUCCAUCGGAGAGAGAGACAUGCGAGACAGGGACAGGUCUCUGAUGGAAGGAGGAGGCGGGGGAGGGUUCUCUUUAUCCAAAUCUCUUUACCCAGACAGGGUCAACCAAAACCCCUUUAUACCCACCUUUGGCGACGACCAGUGUCUGAUGCACGGAGCCAAACAAUAUUACAUGAAGAAGCAGCAGCAGCAGCAGCAGCAGCAGCAGCAGCAGCAAGUUCCCAAACCAAGCCGAAGUGACUUCAGGAGCCAGAUGAGCACGACGUCAUAUCUGCCGGCGUCCGCCACGGCCGGGGUGAUGUCCAACGCGACGCCCCGGUUCCCAAAAGAGCUCAGCCUCGGCGGGAUGAACCACCACGGCUCCAUGCUGGGGGUCGGCCCCCCGCGUCCCUUCAAUGGAAGCAAUGGCCAUGUGUACGAGAAACUGUCCAGCAUUGAGUCUGACGUGUGAGAUCGACAAUUGGCGAGUUAGGAGUGGACGAUGGGCGAGGGGAGGAGGAAGGGAGGAAAUCGAGGCGUGUUGUGUUCGGAGAUCAGGGAUGAUUUUACAGACACUGUCCAACACACUGCAACUCUAGCCCCAUAUUGGGACAGCACGGUGAAAGGGGAGAGAGCUGUGAAACGGAAAAGGGUCAAAUCUGGGUAAAACACCGGACACCCUGUGGAGCUGUGGGACCCUAACCCUCUCUCUCAGUAACGGGCAAAGCUACUUUUAUGUCCAAAACACAGUCAAUCAACAUUCCCCUUAACAUCGCACUCAAAUCCAAGCCUGUCAUUUCAUGAGGCAGAAGUCGAUGUUCUUAGAGAGGUGACACUUCGCCUCAGUUUGAUAUUGGACUGUCUGGUGCGAUGGCUGUCUGAGAGAUCUCCCGCUGAGUGCUCUUGAGGAAAAACUGCGAGAAACGAGCUGCCCAUCUGCCCCUGGAGACAUUUUCACGUUUUACCCCCGAGCUGCGGUCCUUUAUCUCUUCACCCCCAACCCUCCUCCUCCUCCUCCUCAUCUCUGACGCCAAAAGAGCUGAUCUUGUUUGCUAUGAGAAAUACAAUCAUGAAUGAUAAUAAGAUAUUCUUAUAGAAAAAAACAGGGUAUAAGAACAACAAUAAUAAUAUUGUGAAUAACAAAGAUGUUAGUGCUGAUUAUGAUAACACUGCUUACGAUAAGUUUUUUCUUGUUUUAUGUUUUGUUGGUAUAAUAUUUCACUACUGUUUUAGUAUCUGUAGUUGUAAUCCUGUGUGCAAGCAGGACGGUUGUUAAGUUCAACCAACAAGCCAGAAAGACUGAGAACUUCUUUUUAAUUCUGUUUUUACGCCAUGCUCAUACGUUGAUUUGCUCCUUGUGAAAAUGACUGGACACGUUUAGAGCUGACAGAUCCUUCAUUUGAUGUUUUCAAGACAUUACAAAUCACACACACUUAAAACACAACUUGUGUUACUGUGAACGACGUCCCGAAGCUGAAGACACCGAGAGGAAGGACGUGCCUUAAUGGUCUCCAGUGGAUGUGUCCUCCGGUUCAAACCAGGGACGGACCGGCAUGUUUUUCAGGCUGAUCUCUUUUCGUGUAUGAGCCAAAAAAAACUGCAGUGAAAAUUGACAUCAGGCUCGAGGCGCUGCUGCAGCCGAUGGUUUCCAUUCCAAGAGACGUUUUAUAACUUCGUAAACAAAUAUUUCAUACGGCGAGUUUGAGCAGCGCUUUACGUAGAAAAAGCAUUCAGGAUGUCACGGAUAGCGUCUCACUUCACAACACGGCAGCCUUUAGACCACUUAUUUUAUUCAGGUUACAUGAUAACAGUCACCGGGCACUCUUUCUUUAUUUCUUUGUUUGGGCCUCUCAACCGGUAUCUCGUUGAAGGCGUUACUUUCCACUUACAGAAAGCUUUGUUUGUACAUUGUGUGUGAUUAAUAUAUGCACUGUUAUGUUGGCGAAACAAAACAACGUGUAGGAGAUGUGUUCCUGCGACAAUGAUGCCCGUUAAAGCUCGAGCUGAGGAAGGUGUCUAUUUGAGGCGUACCGGAAGACGGCCAUCUUGCGAAAUCUUGAUGUAGAUAUCGUCCUUUUUUUCUCGCUUGAGAGGCCUCAUUUAUUGCACAGGACCUUUUUACUCAGUGUAGGUUCAGGCACUCAGUAGACAUGCCUUAUCAUCCCCCCC